GUUUCACAGAGGGUUUCAAAGCAGUAAGGACUUAUUUUGAAAGAAAACUUUUGAGGCAUUUGGAACCACAGAAAGUUUUACUCAAUGGCUCUGCAGGACCUGUGCAGUUUUGCUGACAUCUUUCAAGAAGGCGUAUCUACUGUUAGAAAUUUAACAUCAGCUGUGAAAGAAGAAACUUCUAGCUAUGUAACUGGUACGGCCUUUAGAAGUUCAACCAGCCUGUUCCAUUUCUAUGUACCAGUAGCAGAUUAUCUGGAUGAAAACCCAAUACAGUUUGGACAAAUCAGCAAAAUGCAGAGAUCAAGUGGGAUCCUAUCCCAUGAAUCGCUCUCGUCACCCUCCUCCUUGCCUGCAAGUCUUCCUUUUACCUCCUCCAGGUCCGUACCUCUUCCCUUCCCCAUGGCCCAUGGGACAACCACCCUAGCUUUCAUGUUUCAGGGGGGCGUCCUGGCUGCGGCAGACACACGCUCCAGCUGCUCCGGCCUCGUGGCGUGUCCAGCCUCCCAGAAGAUCCUGCCCAUUCACAGCCACCUGGUGGGCACCACCUCAGGAACGUCGGCCGACUGUGCUCUUUGGAAACGCAUUCUUUCAAGAGAGCUGCGGCUGUACCAGCUUCGCCACGGACGCCGGUUAAGCACCAGGGGUGCGGCCAAACUGCUUUCUCACAUGCUGCACCCUUUUAAGGGGACUGAACUCUGCGUGGCAGCAACACUGUGUGGGUGGGAUGGAGGCGAGCUGGAUGAUGGAUGUCAUGACCCAAAAGACUCAGAGACUGAUCAGAGUGAAGGCGGAGAAACUACAAAGACUGACCUGGAAAUGGCUGUAGGUGCCCCCAAUGAAAAGGUUUCUCUGUCAAAGACUCAAAGCCCUUCAAACACCAAGCUACAAUGUUACAAGAAAAAAAAAAGCUUCUCUGGACCAAGCCUGUUUUAUGUAUACAGUGAUGGAACUCGCCUAGAGGGAUCACUCUUCUCUGUGGGCUCAGGAUCACCCUACGCCUACUCCAUCUUGGACCAAGGUGUUCGCUGGGGUCUGACAGUGGAAGAGGCUACAUCAAUAGCAAGAGAGGCUGUGUACAGAGCCACCCACAGGGAUGCAUACUCCGGGAACUUUGUGGACAUCUAUCACGUCACCUCAAAAGGGUGGACUCGCAGGACGCGUGAAGACUUGAAGGAGGAGUAUUACAGAGAAAAGGAGAGGAGAAGACUUGAGAGCGAAAGACGACGCAUGAUCUCGUCAGAGUAAAGCAGACAAAGGGAAACGUCUGGAGGAAAGAAAAGCAAACAUCAGGGCGUAGUUCGCAGAGACAAGGCUGCAUCUUUGGAGCAAAUACUAAAUUAAUGAACACGACAGGCAGUUGCAUCCUCCAGGCUAUCUCUCAAAAGAUAGGGGCAUGCAUAUCAUCCCAUUUAAUAAACAGCUGAUGUUUUGUUUGCACUGUGAUAAAAAGUGCUCUAACAGCAUCAAGGCACUGCUGGCUGCCAUUUUGAUGUAGAUGUUAAAUGAUUACAAAUCAUUUCAUCUGAGAUAAUUACCACCUACCCCUUAAUGUGCUUUAAUCACAUAAACAAGAACGAUAGGAGACAAUGAGUAGUGUGAGGAUUUCAAAGUUGAAGCUCAUGAUGUAUUCUUGUGUGUGGGGAAACACAUUAACUGCAGCAAUAAAGGAGCAGCAGCUGAAAUCUGAUUUGUGCCCACUGUCAGAACACUUCUGAAUUUUCUCUGACGCGUCAAUAAAUUAAUGAAUAAAUGAGAUUUGGCUGAACUUGCCUGUUCAUUUUGUGAGAAAGCUGUGCUCAUAAAUAGAACUUAUUAUUCAAAUGACAAUGACUCUGCAGAAGGAUGGUGAGAGGAAGGGAGCAGUUAAUCUCAGCCUAAAGCCACACCUUUCUGAAUCUUUGUAAAAUAGUGGCAUGGAAGUUACUACAUGGGAGGUUUUUAAUAGCAUGCUUAAAUAUGUGUUUUCUCAAGAAUGUGUGAUAAGCUGAUAUGUGGAAUUAUGACAUAUGGUGUGUGGCAGAGAUUUAAAUGGCUACAUAUAUGUAUGUGUGCAGUCAGUGUGUCUAUAUGCUAUUAACGGUAUAAAAUAAAUCAGACACAAUGAUCUCUGGCGGCAACAUCAGCAGAGAUAUGCCCUCUAACCAAUCUCUGGUUGGAUCUGAGAGACUAAAUAGGGAAGGAAUCUCUUAUUCAACCAUCUGAUCUAAGAUCUCCAUCUUUGGAAGACAGAAUUAGUGUGGAAAAAGAGAAGAGUGUUUUUCAAAAGAGCUCUUGUUUGUUGAUUUUUAUUUUCUGUGUCUGAUUUUGUCUUUUGUGUGUGCA